CACCGUUGUCUUUAUUUCAUAAAUCUCGAGGCUGCGUCCUUUCUCUUGUCUGAAUUCUCUAUCUCAUUCAUCUGCUUCCAGCAGCAAAAUCUCAAGCUUCGUUUCUUUAUUCUAGCAUUUUAUCAUGUCUCAAGAAGACCUUGAAAAGUCCAGAGAUGGACUCCACAUGGAGCACACUCCUUCUGUAGACUCCAACGAUGCCCGAAUUGCAGAAUACUCUCCUGCAGAGCAAAAAAGCAUCGUGCGAAAGGUCGAUCUACGACUUGUUUCCACCCUGGGUGUCCUGUACUGUGCGAGUCUGAUGGACAGAACAAAUCUUGGAUCCGCAGCAAUUGCAGGGAUGACUGUGGAUCUGAAGUUGAUUGGCGCAAGAUACAACAUUAUCACACUGAUCUUCUUCAUCCCCUACGUCAUCUUCCAGCCACCAGCGACGGUUGUCCUCCGAAAAGUUGGCCCGCGAGUCUUUCUAUCCGCCAUCACACUCUUCUGGGGAGCGACAAUGAUUGGCUUCGGUUUUGCUCCCACUUGGGAUGUCCUCGUAGGUCUCCGCAUCAUUCUCGGCGUAUUGGAGGCCGGUUUCUUCCCUGGCUGUGCAUAUCUUCUCAGUUGUUGGUAUCCAAGAUAUCAACUCCAAAAGCGAAACGCAGUCUUCUACCUCAUCGGUAGCAUGGCAUCCGCACUUUCUGGUAUUCUUGCAUACGGUGUCAUGCAGAUGAAGGGCCUCGGAGGGCUUUCAGGAUGGAGGUGGAUCUUCGUGAUGGAAGGACUUCUUACCUGUAUCGCCGGCAUUGCAGGCUACUUCCUCAUUGUUGACUUCCCCGAACUAUCCAAAAACUCCUGGAAAUUUUUGACAGAACGCGAAGCAGCAUACGUAGUUGCAACAAUUGAAAAGGACCGAGCGGAUGCGAUCCCAGAGCCAUUCCGCGUCGGCGCAUAUCUUAAGAACGCACUGGAUAUGAAGGUUUGGGGAUUCGCGUGGUUGUUCAUGCUCACGACCACCAACAGUUAUGCCAUAGCUUACUUCCUGCCUAUCAUUCUCCGAGUGGGAAUGAAAUUCUCACUAGCAAAAGCACAGUGCCUCGUUGCUCCACCUUACGUUGCAGCCGCUAUAGUCAUGUAUACCCAAGCCCACUAUGCCGACAAACUGCACCUCCGUGGCCCAGUCGUCGUCUUCAACGCUAUCCUCGGCCUCAUCGGCCUUCCGCUCCUUGGCUUCACCCACAACAACGGGGUCCGAUAUUUCGGCGUUUUUCUUGCCACGAUCUGCGCCAAUGCCAAUGUCCCAGCCGUGUUGACAUAUCAGGCGAACAACAUCAGAGGACAAUGGAAACGGGCUUUCUGCUCUGCGACAUUAGUUGGUUUCGGUGGCAUUGGUGGCAUUAUUGGAAGCACAGUCUUCCGUGAGAAGGACUCCCCGGCGUACCGACCAGGAAUUGAAGCGUGCUUGAUUGCAAAUGGGCUGAUUAUUAUCAUCGUCGCCGUUAUGACAUUGAGGUUCCGAAGCGAGAACAAAAAGGCUGAGGAGGGAGGGAAGGUGAUUGAGGGGCAGCAAGGCUUCCGAUACACGCUUUGAGGCGGCGAUUGGUAAUUGGGACAGAAUGGAACAGGGAAGUUGUUGGGCGGUGUUGUUAGCAAUGUGAUCUUGACGAUGUGCUCAAUUGGUCGUCCCAUGCUUCUUCAGCUUUAUGAAUUGUGCCCUCGCUUCGAUUCCGCCACGGAAGAGAACAAGACAAGCUGCAAAUUUGGAGCAGUACGAUUCAAACAUGUGGAAAUCUUAAAAGAAAUGUGACGAUGAG